CCUUUCGCGUCGCCGCGUCCCUCUCUUGCUCCUCCUCCUCCGGCGGCGCCUCCGCCAUGUCCCGCCAAAGCUCCCUCCUUAGCUUCUUCCCCAUGUCGGAGGCCAAGCGCGACGGCGGCGGCGGCUGCAGCCCCCACAGCGAUGCCGAGCCCGAGGGCGGGCGCAUGUUGUCGCCCAGAGGGUCGGGCAUCCGAGGGAGGACCAGGGCGCCCCCCACGGACUGUGACUGUGAAUUUUCACCCGGUGAUCUGGUUUGGGCCAAACUCGAAGGUUACCCUUGGUGGCCAUGCCUUGUGUACAAGCAUCCAACAGAAGGAUCACUUUUCAGAGGCAGAGGAAGGUCCUCUCGCAUCCAUGUACAGUUUUUUGACGACGACCCAUCAAGGGGUUGGGUUAGCAUUAGAUAUAUACGACCAUAUACAGGCUCCUCUGGUAGAGAUACCAGUAGGGGAGGCAUGUUCUACAGUUCAAGACCUGAAAUUAGAAGAGCAAUGGAAUUAGCAGAUGCUGCUUUGAAAAAAGAGAAGAGUGAGCGACUUGAUCUGGCAGUGUGUGACAAACCUUCAGAAAGCGAGGAUGAAGACGAUGAGGAGAUGGAGGUGAGCGAUGAGGGUGAUGAUUUUGGCACAUCUGAGGAAGCGAAACGUAGAAAAAGGCAAAGUGGAAGAAAGCAACAUGCUGGGAAAUCCAAAAAGAGAAAGAUCAUGGAUUCCGACAGCGAACACGAGUAUUCAGACAUGGAGUUUAAACCUGAUGAAGCUAGCAGUGAUGAAAAUAGUGUUGGAGUUGGUGACAGUGAGGCUUCUGAAUCUGAGGCUGACCCAGGAAAGAAAGUAAAGCGACCCAUUAAAGUCUCUCCUAAACCAGUGCAGCAACAGGCAUAUAAACCUCCCCAGAACAAUGUGUCUGGAACACCCAGCAGAGAAACAAAUUUUUCUGCUGAGAUAAAGUAUAAGUUAUCAUCUUUUGCAGCUCCUGAAUGCUAUGAUUUUCAGCCAAGCAUUAAUGGAGGAGGAGCAGGAGCAGGAGCAGGAGCAGAUGGCAAUCCGACUUCGUGGGAACAUGAUAAAAUUGACUGGCUCCAGGAUGGUAAAAGGAAAGAUGCUCGCAGGAGACGGCAAAAUGAUCCAGAUUAUGAUCCAAAUACUGUAUUUGUGCCAGAGGACUACCUUAAAAACUGCACUCCGUUAAUGCGGAAGUGGUGGGAGAUGAAGAGUCAGAAUUUUGAUAGCGUUCUUUUCUAUAAAGUUGGGAAGUUCUAUGAGCUGUUCCACAUGGAUGCUGUUAUUGGUGUUAACAACAUGGGCCUGUCGUUCAUGAAAGGCACUUUUGCUCACUCUGGUUUCCCAGAAAUAGCAUUUGACAGAUACUGCACUAUGUUAGUCCAGAAAGGUUACAAAGUGGUUCGUGUUGAGCAGAUUGAGACUCCUGAGAUGAUGGAAGCACGCUGUAGAGCCUUGGCCCACCCGACAAAAUACGACAGAGUUGUGCGCCGAGAAAUAUGCAGGGUUAUUUCCAAAGGGACACAGACCUACGGCAUUCUAGAUGGUGACGAUUUGGACACCCACAACAAAUACCUCCUCUGCGUGAAAGAAAAAGUUGACGAUUCUGCUGGCCUUCAUCGUACCUUUGGAGUAUGCUUUGUUGACACGACAGUGGGGAAGUUCUACCUGGGUCAGUUCUCAGAUGACCGUCAUUGCUCAAGGUUUAGAACUCUCUUGGCUCAUCAUAUUCCUGUGCAGAUACUUUUUGAGCGAGGGAACCCCUCUGCAGAAACACAAAAGAUACUCAAAGGCUUACUUCCCUCUACUGUGCAAGAAGGUUUGAUUGCUGGGUCUCAGUUCUGGGAUGCAUCCAAAACGCUAAAAACAUUGGUUGAAACAGGCUACUUCCGGGACAAAGAAAAUCCAAGCAGUGAGCUCAUCCUGCCGCCAGUAAUCAAAUCUAUGACUGCGGAAACUGACUCACUGGGACUUACCCCUGGGGAAAACUCUGAGCUUGCGCUCUCUGCUCUUGGCUGCUGUGUCUUCUACCUUAAAAGAUGCAUUAUUGACGAGGAACUCUUAUCAAUGGGGAAAUUUGAAGAAUACAUUCCUGUGGAUGUUGAUAUUGCAAAAGAACAAAACCCAAGCAGUCUGUUUGCUAAAACAAGCCAGAGGAUGGUGUUGGAUGGGGUCACCCUGGCAAACCUAGAAAUUCUGACAAAUGCAACCACUGGGUCAGAAGAAGGCACAUUGCUGGAAAAUAUUGACACUUGUUGUACGCCUUUUGGAAGGAGACUCCUGAAACAGUGGCUCUGUGCACCGUUGUGUAAUCCUUCCACCAUCAAUAACCGCUUGGAUGCAGUUGAAGACCUCCUAGCUGAAGCUGCCAAAAUGUCAGAAAUCCGUGACCUUUUAAGGAAACUCCCAGACCUUGAAAGGCUUUUAAGCAAAAUUCACAGUAUUGGGUCAUCCCUUAAGAACCAGGACCACCCUGCCAACAGGGCUGUUCUAUAUGAGGAGGCCAGAUACAGCAAGAAAAAAAUUGUAGACUUUUUGUCCGCACUGGAAGGGUUUAAAAUAAUUAUGGAGAUUAUCUCAAUUUUGGAAGAUAUUGCUGACGGUUUUACAUCCAAAACGCUAAGGCAGAUAGCGAUGGUCAAAUCUAAGAAGCCAGAAGGCCGCUUCCCAGACAUUAAAGCAGAACUUGCAAGAUGGGAUGCAGCUUUCGAUCAUAGCGUUGCACGAAAGACUGGUGUGGUUAACCCAAAAACUGGGUUUGACGCUCACUAUGAUAAAGCGCUAGAGGAUAUAAACAACAUUGAGGAAGGCCUUCGUCAGUAUUUGGAAAAGCAGCGCAAACGGCUUGGCAUUAAAGCUGUGAUGUAUUGGGGAGCGGGCAAAAACCGCUACCAGAUGGAGAUUGCGGAGAGUUCGGUGCCUGCGCACCUGCCUGACGAUUAUGUGCUGAAAUCUACCAGAAAGGGCUUUAAGCGCUACUGGACUAAAGACCUGGAGAAAAUGCUGAACGAGAUCACCAACGCUGAAGAACGGAGGGAUACGGCACAGAAAGACUGUAUGAAGAGGUUAUUCUACAACUUUGAUAAAAGCAGCGAAGACUGGCAGACGGCAGUGGAAUGCAUUGCAGUUCUAGAUGUCCUGAUGUGCUUUGCACACUAUAGCCAGGGAUGUGAUGGACCGUUGUGCCGACCUGUAAUUGUGCUUCCGGAGAGCAACACGCUGCCCUUUUUGGAGCUGAAGCAUUCCCGCCACCCCUGCAUCACAAAAACCUCAUUGGACGAUGACUUCAUCCCUAAUGAUAUCCUCAUAGGUGUACAGGAUGAAAAGGCAAAUCCGGAGAGCAGGACUUGCUGUGUUCUAGUGACUGGUCCAAACAUGGGAGGAAAGUCCACGCUCCUGAGACAGACUGGCCUCGUGGUGAUAAUGGCCCAGUUGGGAUGCUUUGUACCUGCUGAAUCUUGCAGGCUUACUCCUGUCGACAGAAUAUUCACCAGACUAGGGGCUUCAGAUAGAAUUAUGUCAGGGGAAAGUACAUUCUUUGUUGAGCUGAGUGAGACUUCCAGCAUAUUACAGCAUGCAACAGAGCAUUCUCUCGUUCUUAUGGAUGAACUAGGUCGAGGUACAGCUACCUUUGAUGGAACUGCUAUUGCUAGUGCAGUUGUGAAAGAACUUUCAGAGAACAUCAAAUGCCGCACCAUGUUUUCAACACAUUACCAUUCUUUAGUAGAGGAUUAUUCUAAGACACCUUCUGUGCGGUUGGGACACAUGGCAUGUAUGGUGGAAAAUGAGUGUGACGAUCCUAGCCAAGAAACAAUUACAUUUCUCUACAAAUUCAUUAAAGGUGCUUGCCCUAAAAGCUAUGGCUUUAAUGCAGCAAGGCUUGCCAACAUUCCUGAAAAAGUUAUUCAGAAAGCUCAAGAAAAGGCAAAAGAGUUUGAGGCAACUACACUCUCACUAAGAUUGUUCAGGAAACAAUGCCAGAUAGCUGAAGGAGCUCCACUAGCCAGAGAUGAGCUCGACAAGCUAGCCGCGCUUCCUGUAUGAGACAACCUGUACUAAGUUUCUACAGCAGUUUUUGAAGGCAUUAUACAAACAACAGUGAUCUAAUAAACUUUAUUUUUUAAAAAUGA